CUUGAAAUGUUCUUGUAGAAUAGAAAUAGACAUUUUCUUUCGUUUCUGAGUUUCUAGCGAGACAAGGUGAAGGAUCUGAGAGGAAUGAUAUGCAGAAGGAAAGAUGAGAGAAAAUUUAUAAACACGCUUGAAGAUUUAAACGUUCGCUCUUUCACUUGUUAGUAGUUACUUAUACUACAAGGCCAGAAAAUUUUGUUUAGCUGAGAACUCGACAUUUCCAGUUUGAGCUGUUGUCCCCCAUACCAAUAUUUCAAUAAACCCCACAAAAUGGCUGAAGAAAACGGACAGGAUAGAAAGAUUGAGAAGGAGCCUGUUAACAACGAACAUGCGGAAAACGAGCCUCCCAAAAAGAAAAGAAAAGAAGCUCGAGCAGAGAAACUAAAGGCCCAAAAGUUACAAAAGACUAAACAAAUUGUUGAAGAACAAAGAAAUAAGAGAAUCAAUCUAGAAAAGGUGUCCCUGAAAUCUCUGUCGAAGUUAAUGAAAAAUGAUCCAGAAAUCUCAGAAGAACAGAAGAAGGAAUUUUCAAGCCAAACAAAAGACCAAGAGAAGCUCGGCUACCAAAUUGGUGACAAACGUGGCAAUUUGUUGUUAUAUGCAUUAGGCGAAACAGCUGGUACAUCAUUUACUAAGGAUUUGUUUGGAACCAUUGAACAGUUUUUUCAAGCUCAGAAUCAGGAAUCUAAACAAUAUUCCUACAUUUUUGGAACAAGUUACGACAAGCGUGGAGGAUCGUUGGUUAAAACGGCUGAUAGCAUUCGUUCACUUGCAUAUAGUGAUUUCCUUCAAAAGUGCUCCCCUUUGUUUCGAUUUGCAAGUGGAAUUCUGAGUGCUCAUGUUCCUAAAUUUCACGAAUCUCUAUUAAAUUUAGAGGUGGCUCCUCAGCAGGCUCGAUUUGGUGCUUUUCCUAAUUUUUCUGUUCGGCUAAUCGAAACUGAAGACAAAGUCUCUUUUCUUAAUUCUGACCCUGCUAUAAAGUAUGGUUUUACAGUAAUUAUUGUUGUUGGUGAUGUACAAGAGGCCGAACUUAAACUUCCUGCCAUCCAGCAUUCUGUGCGUCUGCAUGAUGGAAUGAUUUUGGUCCUUCGAUCUUCGCUUUUACAUCAAUGGUAUUCUUUCAAUAAGCCAGGAGUCAUUUAUGAGAUGAGGCUUUUUGCGCUUUCUUCUCUUUGGGAAUCAGAACAAAACCAUUCUAUUGAAAUUCAAAAAGAAGAGUGAGUGUUAUCUAGAUUAAAUAUUUGUAAAAAGGAAUAACAAGGGUUUUGGUUAAAAAAUAAUUGUUUAUGUAUUCAAUUUUUAUUAUUUUUAAAAUAACAUCAUUUCAC